CGUUCCACCUUAUUAUCCGCCUUGGUCUGUGCCAAAGAGAAGAGAAGAAAAAAAAUUGAUUAACGCAUGAAGGCGACCAAAUCUUGAUAGAAAAUUUUGAGAUUCUGAUUUCAUCGAAAAAUAUCAAACGUGAAUUCCAAGCCGACGCAGACAUUCAUACUAGUAUACUAGAUAAAUACGUUUCCGAUAAAAUCGACAUUGAUUUACGCCCUGUAAUGCAAAGAAUAAACUUGAAAAGCGAGUUACUUCAAGACGGAGAUGAUGUAUAUAAUGCUUUAAUGAGUGUUCAUAGAGAAAAUGGAUUGGACGUUGAAGAUUUGGGCGAUACGCCACCACCACUAAUACGACAAGGGAGCUCGAUUAGAACGAAUGAAGACGUAAUUAGUGUUCCAAAUAUAAUUGUUAGAAUCAAUUGUUCCAAUGAGCCAGAGAAAUUUGUAACUGAGGAGCAGAAACGAGGUAUCAAGCACACACCUUCACAGCAAUGGAGGCUGCUGCGAGUGAAUCAAAAUCUUCCGGAAGCAACUGAAAGUUUCCCUAACAGUGAAACUCAAGUCGAACAUGGUGAUAAACUUAAUCAGCGAAAAUGGAAAAAUCGCAACAAAAGUCAGUGCGGAAAAACGACUAAAAUGUUCGGAAACAUAAAUCCAAAUUUUCGUAGAAUUAUUCAGCGAAAAUAUAUUGAAAAAAGUGGAGAACUACGCACACUGAUAACACCACCGCCUUCGUGCCGAACCUAUGAUCGCGGAGUGGGAAAUAUUCCCCGUGGCGGAAUACCCCAACUCCAACAGCCACAAUUAGUAACAUUUGCUAAUAUACUGUCCCGUAUUGGUCAAGCAUCUUCCUGUCAAGAUCGAGAAGGGUAUUCUGCAGUAAUCGGAAACGUGAUGCGCGAUCAUCAACAGCAGCAACAAGGAAGGAUGAUAAUGCCGAUUGUUAAUCAGCAGACUAUUUGCCAGAUGAAUUCCAAUGAAGUCAUGCCAUUUGCAGUUCGAACUUUAUUGAAUCAUAUCACUGUUGUGCAACAGAAUUUCGGACCAAAGUAUGAUAUUAAUGCACAGAAAGAGAUUCACACAUUACAAGGAAAAUCAAUGUAUCGACGCGUUGGGGUUGUCAGUACUGAUGGACAAGGUAUAGAACACGAACCGGUUGUACCGAAGACUACCGCUUUGCACGAACACUGAAAAGACCACUUUUCAAAGGAAGGUCUGGUGCGGAUGGAAAUUUUGUGUGGAUCAGCUCUAGGUGAUGAUGACUUCAAACAAGUCGCAAAUAUGGUAAAGCCGUCCUCGUGCACGGUUUGAACUCCGACAAGAAGCAAGUGGUUAGCUUGAAACACCCGUUCACCUUCGACUAUCAACCUGCUUCCUCCUCCGACGUAUUGAAAAAAAUCGGCAAGCUGCAAAUUUACCGUCAUCAUCGAAGAGUUUAUCGCAUUGGAUGCCUGUUUAAGAAAGAAAUAUUAAAGGUUUUCAUUAGCUUUUCAUUGCAUUAGAAAUAUUCCGGAACUAUUUUUUGUUCAAAUCGCACUAAAGUAACUAAAGAUUUUUACCACAGAUUCAGGAAGAAACCUCGAAACAUCGAUUUUCAUUCAUAAUUUGAAUUCGAAACGAGAGAUGAAAUUCUAAUUCGCAAAUCAUACUAGUUUUUGAAUAUUAUUUA